AGUUUCCCGCUCGGAGGCAAGGGCGUGCGAGGGGAUCCAGAUAUUCAAGGAUCUGAGGUUUCGGCCUCGAGGUCUUGGGCGGGGGACUGGGCAGGCUGCGCGGGGUCCCAGCGGGGAGACGGCUCGGGUGGGCGGCCGGGGGUGUCAGGGGCUGCGGGCGGCGGACAAAGCGGCGGCACCACCCCGCGGCGCGGGCCAAUGGAAUGAAUGGGCUAUAAAUAGCCGCCAAUGGGCGGCCCUCGUUGCGUCCCUUAAGAGCCGCGGGAGCGCGGAGCAGCCGCUGUUCGCCUGCGUCGCUCCGGGAGCUGCCGACGGACGGAGCGCCCCCGCCCCCGCCCGGCCGCCCGCCCGCCGCCGCCAUGCCCUUCUCCAACAGCCACAACGCGCUGAAGCUGCGCUUCCCCGCCGAGGACGAGUUCCCGGACCUGAGCGCCCACAACAACCACAUGGCCAAGGUGCUGACCCCCGAGCUGUACGCGGAGCUGCGCGCCAAGAGCACGCCGAGCGGCUUCACGCUGGACGACGUCAUCCAGACAGGCGUGGACAACCCGGGCCACCCGUACAUCAUGACCGUGGGCUGCGUGGCGGGCGACGAGGAGUCCUACGACGUGUUCAAGGAUCUCUUCGACCCCAUCAUCGAGGACCGGCACGGCGGCUACAAGCCCAGCGAUGAGCACAAGACCGACCUCAACCCCGACAACCUGCAGGUGCGGGGCGGCGGGCGGGCCGGGCGGGCCGGGCCGGGGUCUCCGGGCGCUCACUCCCGUCUCGCCCCCCAGGGCGGCGACGACCUGGACCCCAACUACGUGCUGAGCUCGCGGGUGCGCACGGGCCGCAGCAUCCGCGGCUUCUGCCUGCCCCCGCACUGCAGCCGCGGGGAGCGCCGCGCCAUCGAGAAGCUCGCGGUGGAAGCCCUGUCCAGCCUGGACGGCGACCUGGCGGGCCGGUACUACGCGCUCAAGAGCAUGACGGAGGCGGAGCAGCAGCAGCUCAUCGACGACCACUUCCUCUUCGACAAGCCCGUGUCACCUCUGCUGCUGGCCUCGGGCAUGGCCCGCGACUGGCCCGACGCCCGCGGUAUCUGGCACAAUGACAAUAAGACCUUCCUGGUGUGGGUCAACGAGGAGGAUCACCUGCGGGUCAUCUCCAUGCAGAAGGGGGGCAACAUGAAGGAGGUGUUCACCCGCUUCUGCACCGGCCUCACCCAGAUUGAAACUCUCUUCAAGUCUAAGAACUAUGAGUUCAUGUGGAACCCUCACCUGGGCUACAUCCUCACCUGCCCAUCCAACCUGGGCACAGGGCUGCGGGCAGGAGUGCACAUCAAGCUGCCCCACCUGGGCAAGCAUGAGAAGUUCUCGGAGGUGCUUAAGCGGCUACGACUUCAGAAGCGAGGCACAGGCGGUGUGGACACGGCUGCAGUGGGCGGGGUCUUCGACGUCUCCAACGCUGACCGCCUGGGCUUCUCGGAGGUGGAGCUGGUGCAGAUGGUGGUGGACGGAGUGAAGCUGCUCAUCGAGAUGGAGCAGCGGCUGGAGCAGGGCCAGGCCAUCGACGACCUCAUGCCUGCCCAGAAGUGAAGCCCGGCCCACACCCGACACCAGCCCUGCUGCUUCCUAACUUAUUGCCUGGGCAGUGCCCACCAUGCACCCCUGAUGUUCGCCGCCUGGCGAGCCCUUAGCCUUGCUGUAGAGACUUCGUCACCCUUGGUAGAGUUUAUUUUUUUGAUGGCUAAGAUACUGCUGAUGCUGAAAUAAACUAGGGUUUUGGCCUGCCUGCCUCUGA